UCAAAUGUUCGGAUUUUGGCAGAAUUCCACCAUUCUUAGGAAUCCCCAAGAAAGAGAAUAUGAAGGAAAGUCGCCCUAUGAGAAAAGAAAGAAGCAAAUGACUUAAUAGGGAAGCAUAUUUAUCCAGAGGAUGUAUUUCGACCAAUUAUCUCUUGAAUGAAUCCUAUCAACCACUCAACUCAUGUAACAUUCUGGUGAUAUACUCAUGCUAGAGUGAAUUCCGUUAAAACUACAGCAUAUUCAGUCGAAAGUCAUGGAUAAAGGCAAAAAAGUUCACCAAUAAAACACUUCAAUAAAUGAUAUGCAUUUUCUUUUGCUUACUUGAAAGUUUAGAGUUGAGUGAUUGUAAGCUGGGAACAAUGGGAUUCAGACUGUACAUACCUACUUCGAAGUGAACCCCAAAACGUUGAGAAUACAUCCUAUUCCGCGAUGUUGAACAUUACGGAAUCAGUUCCGCUCCCGGAGUUAAUUCCUUUCGAUUUCGGGAACUCGAUCAGCAUGCUACAACACAGACCAAGUCAACAUUGAUCGAGUUCCGGCAAUUUUCUGAAUUCCGAGAAUUCGAUUGAAACGGAAUUAAUUGAAAUUCCGGAAACUGCUUCCGAUUUCGGAAUUUCGUACCGGAAUUACUUCUCGUCGUCACCCUCACGUAUGCUGUUGUGGUUGAAGAUUAAUCUCUGAAAUAAUUAAGUAAUUCCGGAACGGAAUUCCGAGAAUUGACGGAACUCGAUUAAUGCCCAGUAGGUCUCUUAUGUUGAAUGAUGAUAGACUUCCCGAAAUUGAAUGGAACUGAUUCCGCAAUGUUCAACAUUGAAGAAUAGGAUGACUGCUCAAAACGUUGAGAAUAUCACUGUUCACUUGAGUUGAUAGGUCAAUAGAUCCAAACUAGAUAUAUCCAAAUUCUAAACCUAACUAAUCAAUUUCAACAUAUAAUACAGUUUCAUCUCCAUGAUGAUCUGGUGCAAACAGAACGUGGCUCUGAAAAUGUAAAUUCCACGCGCCUCACUGCGCAAAAAGAUAAGUUUUCAAAAUUUCAUCUUGUUGACAGCAGACCACCAUGAAAAUGAAAAUAAACAUCGCAAGUCGAUUGAGUGUAGUCGAAUACUUCUGUCUAUAUGUGUUUUAGAAUAGCCAGUGGGUAGUGGGCCGAUUUGGGAGCUCGCAAUAAAGUGUUCAUAACUGCUGAGCGGAACUAGAUAGACAUUUCAUUCUUGCGUAGAUUGAGAAAACUUGAUUUCUUCUGUGAAAAGGAUCCUUUUGACUUGGAAUUGACAGACAAGCGUUCCUGGCCUAUCUCCGAAAAAGUUCGAACAUUAAAUGAUCGUAUGUUCAUCAGUUAACCCAUCAAGUUUUACAUAUAAGCAAUAGAGAUUCAGUGUACUCUUUUAAGUAAGGAAGACUGCAAGUCUAUAAUCCGUUCAAUUUUUGAGGUAUUUAACGAGUAAUCAACUGUAUUAUAUUUUGAGAUGGAGAAGUCUAUACUGCAUCUUGAUAAUGAUAAAGUUUUUCUAUAUAAAAAUUCAAAAGCCGGCUGAAGUCAAUUUAUCAACACACUGCGAGAAUAUUGUGUAGCACAGAUAUUUUUAAUUCAAUGCAACUCCUCAUAUUCAUUUAGCUACAACAACAACAACAACAACAACAACAACUACUACUACUACUACUAAAACAACAACAACAACAACAACAACAACAACUACUAAAACGACAACAACAACAACUACUACUACUACUAAAACAACAACAACAACAACAACAACAACUACUACUAAAACGACAACAACAACAACUACUACUACUACUACUAAAACAACAACAACAACAACAACAACAACAACUACUACUAAAACGACAACAACAACUACUACUAAAACGACAACAACAACAACUACUACUAAAACGACAACAACAACAACUACUACUAUUAGAACAACGACAACAACUUCUGUUUGUGAUCUUUGUUCACUUCCUACUAAUAAUGGUAAUAAUGCUGAUAUUGUUACUUGUACUGUUUAUUGUUCUGGUGUUGGUCGUGUUGGUGGUGAUUAUAGAGAUUUAUUUGUCAAGUAA